AUUUUAAGUAUCAAAGAUGGCUGCGUCCAUGUGCAACUGCACACGGCGAGUGCUUGCAACAAGUGUUAGGUUGUGUUAUAGGUCGUGCACAGUAUCCACACAGUCUACACUGAAGGAGACGUCAGACUCAAAACAAGCAGAUAUUAUUAUACCAAAGAAGAAGAAAAGGGAUUCUUUGUCUAUACUUCAAGCAUUGGCAUCAACUGUUGGAAAGGAUGAAACAGCUCCCAAAUACAUGUUCAUGGACGACCCCUUCCUCAUCCCUUAUUCCUAUUCUGCCAAGAGGAAUUUUGCCUUGUCCAAAGCAUCUGGACGGAAAGCAGCUCGAUUCAUGGUGGACAAGUAUCCUGCCUACUUCCGAGACAGCCCUGCUGACCCGCCCAUCGAGGCAUUAAUGCCCAAGUCAAACAAGUACAAGUAUCGCUAUGUCAAUGAGCUGGCCUUGAAUGAAAGGAUUGAGAAGAGACGAGUGACAGAUGCAGUUGAUGUUUAUAAAAGUCUAAAGAAAGAAGGUACUGAGAUCAGUGCCGACACACAUCAACGCCUCCUGGAUCUGCUGUGUGUCUACAACAGUGACGAUCCUCCGGACCAGUUGCUGCCUGAAGAAUUCGAGUUUCGACAAGAUAUAGGAAAAGAUUCACCCAGGGGUCCAUCAAAGUCAUGGAACAAAAAUGGCAUGGCACAGCUUGUGUUUGAUGAUAUGGAAGUGAAGACGCCAGAAGCUUACAAGAGCAUGAUCAGAGGGCUGUCCAAAUACAGAGGCCAUGAAAAAGCAUUCGAGUACUAUGAAGAGAUGGUGGCUGCAGACAUGCCACUGGAUACACCAACCUACAAUGCCAUCAUCUACAGUUCGGUGUUUACAGACAACUCCUCCAGCGAAAUACGCUGGCAACAUCUCCUGUGCCUGCUUGGGGAGAUGAGUCUGCGAGGACUCCGGCCCGACCUGGAGACGUUCAACCAGGCGUUCCUGUGUUUAAUGCGGAUGAGGAAGAACACCAACCAGGAGCGGGCGUUCCACAUGUUGUCUGAGAUGAGGAAGUGUGGGAUCGAGCCAAGUUUGUCAAUUUGGUCGAGAUUGUUGAGCAUUGUAUACUUUGAAGAUGCUGUGCAGUCACCUCUACUUGGCACCAUCAUUGAGUAUCUGGAGGAAAAUGGAGUCACCUGCCGGCACCCAGAGGAUGGAGAGUUCUUCAAAUCAGCAAUGGCCAAGUGUUUCAUCUGUCAGAAGGAUCCAGAGUUGGCAAAACGUUUACACAAAUUGUUCAACACCGACGGAACUUCACUGUCAUGUCUGACCUUCACACUGAGUCACUCUACUACAACUUCUUCUUCCGAACUCUGUGUUUGAUGGACAACAUUGACACCGUCAUGGACUACUACACCAGCAUCGUUCCUUCUCAAUGGACACCCCAUUUUGCCGUAAUUCAGGAGAUCAUGAGAGCAAUAGAUCUACACAAAGGUUUCCGACAUCUUCCCCAGAUCUGGGCAG